GGCGGUGAGCCUGGCCUGGGUAUUCCGGCGGCCAUCAAGUACCCUUGGUACGACGAGGAAGCCCAGGUGCAGAAGUUCCCGUUCCGCACGCUGACGAUGCUGUGCGCGCUAGCGGCGCAUCUGCUGUGCAGCUGGGGCACACGGCAGCUCUUCCAGCGACGGCUGCUGCCCGACAGCUGGGACUUCCUGCAGGUGUUCUCGGCGCCCGAGAAGCCGCCGGUGCCCGUGGGGCCACACGACCUGUCGCUGCCGGCCCCGCCGCACGGCGCGAGCGAGAAGCUGAGGGCGAGCGCGGCCGAGGGCGACCGCCUGCCGCUGGCCGAGGACGGGGGCGCGCGGACGUCCGACGCCGGCCUCGUCAACCCGGCGGGCCCGGGCGCCCACGACGAGGACGAGGACGAGGACGAGGACGGCGAGGUCGCGCGCCUCUGACUCUCGCCGCCACUUCUCUGCGGCUGGACGACACGACACGACACGACACGAGACGAGGCGAGGCUGAAACAGACGGCUAUCGAAAAAUAGUUUUGUAAAUACAGACGACAAUGAGGAUGGAGAAGGACACCCCACUUGGAAAACGAUGGUGCCAGUCUGCGCCGACAGAAAGCGCAGCAAAGACGUUUUUGGAAUUCAAUGCGAAGGGCCCUUGGGCAGCGAGGGCGCCAUGGCCGUGUACGUGGAGGGCGUGGUGGGCAUCCUGGUGUUCUACGUGGCGGUGCUGGGCGUGGGCAUCUGGGCAGGCACCAAGCAGAAGAACAGCGGCGAGGAGGAGGUGAUGCUGGCGGGACGCAGCCUCGGCCUCACGGUCGGCGUGAUCACCAUGAUUGCCACGUGGGUGGGAGGUGGCUACAUCAACGGCACUGCGGAGGCAUUAUUCUCGACGGGCCUGGUGUGGUGCCAGGUGCCGGUUGGCUACAGUCUCAGUCUGCUCUUCGGGGUGCUGCUGUUCGUGAAGCAGAUGCGGCGCGCGGAGUACGUGACGAUGCUGGACCCGUUCCAGCGCAAGUACGGCAGCCGCGUCGGAGGCCUCAUGUUCGUGCCAGCCGUGUGCGGAGACCUCUUCUGGGUGGGCGCCAUCUUCAACGCCCUGGGUUCGUCGCUUGUGGUGAUCUUGGGCUUGGACUCCACGACGUCGGUGAUCGUGAGCGCGGUUUUCGCCGCCUCGUACACCAUGGUGGGCGGCCUCUACAGCGUCACCUACACCGACGUUUUGCAGCUCGCUUGCAUCGUCUUCGGCCUGGUCCUGUCUGCGCCGUUUGCCUACCACCACUCGGCCGUGAACCAUGAAACGGUGAAGAAGGUGGACUGGAUCGGCACCAUAGAGAGGAAGGACUUGGCCGAGUGGAUCGACAGCAUGCUGCUGCUUAUCUUCGGAGGAAUCCCCUGGCAGGGCUACUUCCAGCGCAUCCUGUCGAUGCGCACCGUGCGGCAGGCGCAGGUGCUGUCGGUGUUCGCCAUGUUCGGCUGCUUCUUCAUGGCGUUCCCGCCCGCGCUCUUCGGCGUCGUCGCCAAGUCCACCAAUUGGACGGAAGUGGAGGGCUUCGGUCGGGAGAUAACGGACGACGACAAGGCGAUCAUCCUGCCGCUCACCCUGCGCUACCUCACUCCCGGGUGGGUGUCCUUCUUCGGCCUCGGAGCCAUCUCUGCGGCCGUCAUGUCGUCCGCCGACUCCAGCAUUCUCUCUUCCAGCUCCAUGUUCUCGCGCAACAUCUACAAGCUGGCCAUCCGCCCUAAGCUGCUGCUAGUCACCCACUGGGAGGGCGCCAACACCUACGGCUGCCUCUUCUCCUUCGUGGCGGGCAUCGUGCUGCGGUUGCUCGGCGGUGAGCCUGGCCUGGGCAUUCCGGCAGCCAUCAAGUACCCUUGGUACGACGAGGAAGCCCAGGUGCAGAAGUUCCCGUUCCGCACGCUGACGAUGCUGUGCGCGCUAGCGGCGCAUCUGCUGUGCAGCUGGGGCACACGGCAGCUCUUCCAGCGACGGCUGCUGCCCGACAGCUGGGACUUCCUGCAGGUGUUCUCUGCGCCGCCGAAGGGGGCGGAGGGGCCGAAGGUGGCUCAGACGCCGCUGCCCACGCUGGCGCUGGCCGCCGAGAAGCCCCGCGCCCCCACACAGGGCGACCGCCUGCCGCUGGCCGAGGACGGCGGCGCGCACAGCCCCGACGGCGGCCUCUUUUUUAGUUUUGCCACAGCUGAUUUGUUGGUAUCUGGGGAAAUCAGCAGUGAUCUUCCAUUCAGCAUCAACAGACGUUGGACGAAAGUGGCUUUAGUCUUCUCCGGUUAGCCAGUACAUAAUUAAUUGGAAAUCACAUUUACAAUCAUUUGUGGUCUUCGUGUACUUAAAAGACUGACGAUAAAACAUUUGUAGACUAUCUGAUGAGUAUUGAAUUUGUUGGUCAUGUUUAUAUAUGUUGCAACAAUUUUUAUUUUUAUUUGAAUGAGCAUGAAGUACAUAACAUAAUUACAAUGUGUUACAACUUGUUGAUAUGGAACAUUUUGUUUCUGGUUCGUCGAUCUGGUUUGGAAAUUCAUUUACAGUACCUGGACGAAGUAAGUUAUUAAUAGAAUUAAUGAAUAUUUAUUGUAGAGUCUGUAAACAUAUCUGUGUGAUCAUCCAUUAUUCAUUAUGCUUUGACAACCUCUAUUUUAAUUCAUUCAUGAUAAUUCAUAUUGUUCCCAGUGCCUCUUUUGGGAGGACUCUUAAUUGUCACUUUUUAUAUUCACCUUGGAAAGUUAUUUUCAGACCAAAGGGACUAAAGUACUGAUUUCAUAGUGCUUUGCGAUAAUGGCUGUUAUAAAAACAUUAUUUCAGUUAACAGUCAUUGAAGAAUCAUCUUCAAACGUAUUCGAUGAAACCACUUUUCUGUCAUUUUUAAACCUAUUAUGGAAUAAUUUUAUAUUUCAUUAUUCAACCACCUUUUUAAUGACCACAGAAACUGGUAGAUAUACCUAAGAGAAGACAAUCAUUAAAACAAAUGCAUUUUCCAAUUUUUACAUUUUUGCUCAAAACAAACAAUCAUUGCACAUUCAGAAAUUAAAAUAAUUUUAUAAUAAUUUUUUAAUUGAGAUAAUUAUAAUUUGUCUUACUACUUUCAUUAUAUAUCCUUUCCUUUAUUACCAUGAAACAACUGUCAUUUAAUGUUUCAACAAGUAGUGCCUUUAAGCAGCACGAAUAUUUUAAAAUUAUGGAGUGAAUACUUUGAUACAUAUUCCUCAGUUCUUAUUGAAGACUUCUUUAAUUAAUUGUGUAAGCUGAAUGGUAUUAAUUAUUGAAGAAAUAUAGUGUGGAGAUAUUCUGUUCAGAUAAAAAUUCACAUUUCAAGUGAUUGUAUACUGUGAUAGAACAAAUAUCAGAACUAUUUUGCAACAUUUCAGUGGGUAAAUCUUUUUUGUUGUUGUUAUGGUUGAAUAUAUUUUCUCAGAAUACUAUGAUAAUAAUUAUAAUUUUAAUAUUUUUAAUGAUCUUGAUUUUAUCAUUGACAAACUGAUAAAUAUUUAGAAUUAAUUUCAGUAAUUUAAAACCAUCAUUCUGAUAUAAUAUUUUGUGUGUUGGAUAACAAUUAUUAUUUUCUUUCUUUUGACUUCAUUUUUAGCGACCUAUUUCUAUAAAUAUGUGUUAUAUUGAAAGUAUUAUAUCAUUAAUUUCUCAGUUUAGAAAUAUUGUCUAUAGAAAAGAAAUGACGCCAUAUUUCAGUGCUAUGUAUUUCAUUAAUAUAUUGAUAUCAUACUUUGACGGGUGUCUUAGAAAAAUGUGUACAAUGAUAAGCAUUGUAGACGUUGGUUAUGUGCCUUGACACUUUUUUUAGUGUCAGAAAGUGACAUAGAAGUAUCUCACUUGGAGAAGAGGUAUAAAUCAUUUAAAUGUAUCUAAUUUCCUAGUACUUUAAUUGGUACAAAAUUGUGAGUGUUUCCUUGUUUAUACAUUUUUAGCAGAUGAGGAUAUGUAAUACAUAAUUCCAAGAAAUCACACUAAAAUUGAAAUAAUUUUAGAUUGGUAGUAGUGAAUUCUAAAUUCCACAAAUUGUCUUAGAAAAAGGUCUUCAAAGCAUCAAACUAUUCUAUGUCCCAUUUCAUAUAUUAAAUGGUAAAUGUCUUCCUUUGUUAAAAUUAUUUGUGACUACAUUUACAACAUCCCAACAUUAAUGAAAACUAUAUUGUAUAAGGGUUUUCCUCUAAAAUAUAGAUAUUGUAAAAUUAUUAUGCCCCUGUGGCAUUUACAUAUCUUGAGGUUGUACAGGGAUUACAGAUUGGGAUACACUCAGGAUUGUAUAUCCUGAAUCUGAUGUGAUAAAAUCAUUGCGAAUUAUUGUACAUAUACUAUUUUAGAAUGUGAAAUGAGCUUCUACAUGUACAGAAUACUGUGAAAUAUAUAAUGAUAUUCUUGUAAAUAGUUAUAAAUAAAAUGAAUUAAGUUUAUUUAUAAAGAAGUUUUCUAUCUCUUGGACUAUUAAUUCUUUUGUUGC